AUGCCGUCCGAGUUCUGUUCAGACUCACCACCACAACCGCCUGCUUCUUUCAAUGCAGCUCUACUCCCAGCAACUCUUUCUGACAACCCAUCUUGCGUUUCCGCAGACCCCAAGACUGUGAUGGCAGAGCAGAGUGGCCACAAUGUGGUAAGCAACUCCCAGUCGACCGGCGGUUCGCCGCUGGUUGACAUCGCUGCGACUACACCCACCACCGACGCCGCCCUCAGUGGCACCCAACCCCCCGCCAACGCCGAAACCACCUCCGCGCGACCCGAGUUCUCGAAGUCCGCCGCCGAUCCGCCCACCGACGACAGCCUGGCUGGAUCUGAUGCGACCAAGAACGCCGCAGAACCAAGUGCUGGUGAUGCUGCGAUCGCGGCCGUAGACGAUCACGCGCAUCCCUCAGCCAACCAUGUGGACGGAAAGUCAGGCGCAGGCUCUGAUCUUGUUAACGGCAUUCGUGAUGACGCAAGUCAGGGAGAUGUGAGAGACGACAGGAGCAACGCCGAUGUGUCAGUGGAUGUUAGCAUCAACUCCGACACAGACAACAGCCGGGGAGAUGCGUCUGAAAAGAAGGACGGACACCACCAUACUCGCACCAACUCCGUGAAGAAGCCGACCACGUUCAGCAAGAUCACUGCCACCAAGAAUUUCAUGAACAAGAUUGCGCCAGCAGCGCCAGUGGCCCCCAAAGUUGGGGAGAAGCCAAGUCCUGUGGCAGCAGCAAUCAUGCAGCCGUCGUCGAGGCCUCGACUGGUCGCGAAGACUGGUGCUUCUCUGGCCAGCCUGCAGAGCAAGCGCACAGGAGAGGGGCCGACUGGUCCAGACGCGAGCAAGGUCUGGAAUAAGAACCGUCCCGUUCAGCCACCGCCGCCCAAGCAGUUCACGGAUGAAGAGUUGAAGCAACAGUACGGAAUCCACUUGGCUACACGUUUGCAGACCGACGAGGGUGGAAAAGAGUCAAAGUGGGCAGAUAUUGAUGAUGAUGAGGACGAUUGGGCCCCAGAGACUGUGGUAUGGAUGGAUGGAACAAAGUCAAGCAUCACGCCACAAGAUGCGGUACCUUCGAAGGACGCUCAACCGGAGCAGAAGCCAGAAGUUCCGCAACCAGCUAAGCCAGCUGAAGGUACUCGGCCUACUCUAUCUCUCAAGAGCUCUCGACCGGAGCAGGCCAUGAAGAUCCUCAAGCCUGGUGUUGCCGCGAUCCAAGCCAAGCAGAAUGAGCAGUCGCCUGCUCUGGCUUCAGGUGACAAGCCGUCCUUGAAGGCUAAGAGCCCUGCGCCUGCUCCCGCGAAGUCGCCCUGGGCACCUGUACCAAAAGUCGAUUCCGUAUCGCCUAUCAACCCGCCCAUCCAGCAACAGCCGCCAGUGCGUGCUCCCCUGGCCACUCAAGAUGCUCGCGCCUAUGACCAAUCUCAGCCACUGCCUGCACGAGAAAUUGCGGCAGACACCUUUGAUCGAUCUUGGAGAGAUGGAGAAGGUGGCACGCGUGAGCUGUUCAAUUCUACAAACGGUCGCUAUGAGCCUGCUCCUGAGGGCAGACGGAGCUCAAUCAAGCCAGACUCUUCCUUCCGCAAGCCUGCGGUCUUGCAGCGCCCAUCUGCCGCAUCUCCCGCAGAACCAUCAGCAGCUUUCCAAUCACGGACGUCUUCGCAAAUGGAUGGCGGCUGGGGCCGUAGACGGGGCUCAAGUGUGAGCCAGGGCAGUAUGCCACCUGGCAGACGCAUGUCGAUGAAUCAACGUCCUGAGCUUUCAGGUACUCCAGAAGCGCCUCAGGACAUGCGAUCGCCUCGCAGCGCACGCGGUGAGCCCGUCAAGCCAACAUUUCCCCAACAAUCAGUCUGGGAUCAGCAGAUGCCACCACAACCAGAAGAGGGAGCGGAGAUUGCUGCUGCUCCUCAAGCUGAGAUCGUGGAGCCUGCUCCUCCGAUGGAAGAUGCUCUCAAGGUCCAGGAGCGUGUCAUGCGCGAGAAGCGAGAGCUUGCAAAGAAAAGGCGCCAAGAAGAGGAAGAGAGAGCGGAGACGGAGAAGCAAGAGCGACUCAAGGCCAAGCUCGCCGCAUUGGAAGGCGCUGGCAAGUCGAAGAAGGAGCGUGAGGCCGAAGCUGCAGCUGCCGCCGCCGCAGCUAAAGAAGCACGAGAGAAGGAGGCGAACGCUGCACCCGCGACAGAUGCCAAACCCUCGCAACCUGAGCCUGCGCAUCCAGCAGAGGCUUCAGCAUCUACUGCAGCAUCGCUGGAAUCCCAGUCGCUGCCUCCGGCGCCUGGUCAGGCACCGCAAAAGCCAGCUCCGCUUGACGACAAGCUGCCCGCACCGUUCCCGCCAAAGCCACAGCCCGCAGGGUUGCCAGAGCGUCCCACUUCGAAUGAGCAACAGAAGCAGACGUCUCGAGGGCCUGUGUCUCCAAGAGCUGCCGGUCGCGCUCCAUACCAGCAGUCGUCGGCUCAGUACAAGACCCCAGCGUCGUCGUACUCGUCACCAGGAGACCGCAAGCCUCAACCUGCUUUUGGUCGUUCGCCAAACCUCGCCACCGAUACGUUCUCACCAUGGCCAGUGACUGGACCAAGCAGUAGCGUGUGGGGUACGUCAGGCAUAGGAAACGGUACUUUCGACAGCAGCAGCGCGUUUGCGCCGCUUCCAAUGUCUCAGCAGGCGUCUUCACUGCUGCCACCUCCGGGCAUGCCCCGUGCAUCUGGCUCCACUCGAAUCUCUCCUCAAGGCUUCAAUCAAGAAUCACGGUCGCCAAGCUUGCAGCCACAGCAGGUGGCAGAGCAACAGCGUGCCUUCCCUCCACCAGGCAUGGAGUCUCGUCCUGACCCAUUUGCAGGCCAGGCCCGUCUGAAUGGUGUACCACCUGCUCCUGGCAUCGGCCGACAGGUCCCUCAUCCGCCUGGUCCUAUAGGCCCACCGUCAAGGACCCAGGCACAGUCUCAGCAACCUCAGCAGCCCGUGCAGCGUCCCGACCCCAUCUCAGCGUGGAAUAGCGCGACGCAGAGCCUUCCCGCACAGUACGCUGCGAACCAAGUUGCCGCCCAAGAGCGUAGGGCUAAAGAAUUGAGUCAACCGUUGCCUCAGCCACAAGCCUCCGAGGCUCGGUUCAAAGAGACCUUUAAGAAGACGUCAGCAGAUCAGGGCGCGCUUGGAGGUCCACGUCGCUACGAGUCGACCGAGUAUACGGUCCAUGACAAGCACGGCUCUCGUCCUGUAGCUUCUCACAGCCCAGCGCCACCAUCAACGCAGACGCAACCAUCGGCUCCCUUCCCGACCAACUCUCCAGCGCAGUGGAAGGCCUCAAACGAGAGUGCCGUGCGCAUUCCAGAUGGCUCGCAGAACCCAGCCCAUGGCGGCUCGCAUGCUCAACAGCCCCCGAUUGGCACUCGAAGUGUGCAGCAGGCACCUGUGAUGCCGUAUCAGAGCACCGCAAACUUCACAACAGCGCCACUGCCUCCAGCUACUGAGUCCAAGGAUCAGUCACCACCGCCUCCAGAGACCGAGAGUCAUCCUGUUAACCAAGGAGGAGACUCGUCGCAUCCUCACGUUAAGCUGCCCCGGCCGCAGGCAAAGGUUAAGCUUCCUCCUGCUUCUCCAUCCUCUCAAGCCGCAGCACUGCAGCAGAACAGCUCUGUCCUCAUGCCACAGCGUCCACCGUCGAACUGGGGCCCACCUGGUGCUGCCCGGCCGAUCGUUAUGAACGAGGCCUGGCAAGCACGGUUCAAUGGCCUGUUCAACCGGACGGCGGUUCAGACGGAGACACCACCAUCUCCUCCACGUACUCCACCCAAGGCACAAGGCCCUGCUCUAGCAGUUGCAUCCUCUAGCAGAGCGCAGCUGGAUGAGCAGUCGGGAGGUGCUACUGUCUCUCUACCGCCAUACCGAGGAGUUGUAGCUGACCCGGGCAACCUCGCAGUCACCAAACCUUCGAUCGACGAAAUGUUCAAUGAGGAACUCAGUUUCGGUUCUAUGCCAAAGGUGCGCGUUCCUCGCGGUGUGCACUACGACACGAGCACAUAUUCGUCCACGGCGAAGAAUCUGCUUCAAUUUCCCAACUCCAGGAUGCAGAGGCCGGUCGAUACUAUGACGCAGAGCGAUCUCGGCUUUUGGAAACACCCAGAAGGCAUCUUCGUGACAGUGCCUGGAACUCGAUUGAACAACAAGCUGUGCAUGACUCCCGGCGCCCCUGAGAGGCAGCCCCGUCACGACCAAGACAGGAAGCCAUUCAUCAGAUUCAACAAGAGAGAGAAGGGCGACAAGGGUGGGUAUGCGCAAGGCAACCAUGCGACGUCUGAAUGGCCAACGAAUGACGGCUCAAAGAAGAGCGGUUACCAGAAGCCAUAUCGUCAGCCGUCCAACAACGGUGCUUCUGCUGAAGUGAAGGAAGGUCAAUCGGCGAGCAACAGUGAGCGUCGAAAGCCGACUUGGGGCAAAUCGCCUCGUGGUGGACGCCAUACUUCGGGUGCUCCUCCUUCAGCACCAGUCAAGUCCGGCUGA